UACCAGCGCAAUUACGUUCUCAAAGUGUAUAAGUCGACUUCCGUGAGGGGCGGCGGCCAGAGAUUGAGGGAUAUGCUCGAAGGCGACGUCAAGGUCCAGGGCGAGGCCAAGGCUUUGGCGGACCAGUACAACAAGGAGUUACGAGCUUUGCUGAAAGCGGGCCGGUUUGAUCGCCGAUCUCCGCAACCGAUGAAGUUCAAGUGCGUCGACAUGCUGGAAGCAUCUUUGGUAACCUUCAUACAUAGACCAAAUAAACCGACCUACUUCAUGGAGUCCUAUAUUGAAGGACAUUUCAGCAAGUACAACGGUAACGCGGGCUAUGUCGAUCGGGCGUCGCCGCGACUAAGAGCCACCCCACAAGCCUUCUCGCACUUCACGUUCUGUCGAACGGGUGGAGAAAAGAUCGUCGUCGACGUGCAGGGCGUCGGCGAUCUCCUGACGGACCCGCAGCUCCACACGCGGGAAGGGAAUUCGGGCCCCGGCGACGGCGGCCCUCGCGGUUUUGGAUUGUUCUUCGCGACGCACAAAUGCAACCGCAUCUGCCGACGGAUGGGUCUCCGAACCUUUCGGACGAACGAGGAGAGCCUCAUGAGCGGCUCGGACACGGAACUGGAAGAUGAGAGGGAGGACGAGGUGGGGUACGACGACGUGUUGCGACGAUUAGCACGGACGUUGGACGACGUGGAGAAGCUGGACGUCGGUCUGAAAACAGCUGACGAUCUUGGUAGUGUCCUGCCGGACGUUGUGGUGGACGCGUUGCCCUUAGAACCGAUUCUUGAUGCGUCAAAGGACUCGGCCGCAGUACUCUUAAGGGAGCCGCACCGCGAGCUGGGCAAGAUGCUCUUGGACGAUGAUGAUGGAUUGACGCGCGCGCGGCCCGAGGCGGCGCUGUACCACCUCGCGGCCGCGGCUCUGGGCGGCGACGGGGAGGCUCUGGAGUUCCUGCGGGCCGUGCGCGCGGCGCGGGACGAGCGGCGCCGGUGGAGCGAGGCGCACGCGCGCGCGGCGGCGCUGCGCUCCGUGGCCGCGGUGGCCAUUUUGGCCGCCGCUUUAUAUAAUGCCGGCUCGCUACUGGCGCGGCGGCGGCGGCGGUGAGGUUUUGUCUGCUUAAUGUUUGUGUGUCUCUACUACUCCUCCUUGCGUGCGGGGACAGCGCCGUGUGCAGCGCCGUGCGUCUCACGCUCCCACCGCGCCCGCUCGGGCUCUGUAGCGCCGUCGACGCGACCGACAGUCGCAAGCACUCCUCCAGAAAUGCGUUCGGGCAGCCAGAUGGCCUCCGAAGCGAAGGCGCCGCCCCCAUCCCACGUUGCCCAGGACAGACCGGCAGCCAAGGCCCCGCCGCCGGCCCACGUCGCCCAGGACGGGACGCCGAAGCCGCCGAGGAAACCGCACGCCGACACCCCAGCCGCCGGUGCCGUCGCGAAGGCGGCGGCGGAAGCGCUCAUGGCGGCGCCGGACGGGACGCCGACGCCGCGGCCGCCGGGGAGCGGCUCGCCACGGGCCACCGCUGCGAUGGUCGCGGCGGCGCGGGGAAUUCGGACGAAGGAGCGCGACGAGCACGCUGGCGACGCGCUCCGAGCGGCGGCAGCAGAGGUCGAGGCGGCUACGGGGGAAGCGGCCGCGCCGGGACUGCGCGCGUCGGCCGAGGAGGUCGCCGACGCGGCGCGUGGGCAAGCAGAAACCGCCAUGAAGGAAGUCGCAGUGGCGCAGCAGGCCGAGGCGAAGUCCGUUCUGAAGCGCGCCGCCGCGGAGGCCGACGCGCCCGCCGAGAAGGCGGUGGCCGUCCUCGAGGCGAAGGCGAAGGCCGUCGAGCCAGCGAGGCCGCGGGCUGCCGCGCGCGCGAAGCCGCCGCCCCGAAUCGAUGACGACGACGACGACGUCGCUCCAUCACGACGGAGGCGCUGCGACUGGAAGGGAAUGGACAUCAAAUUCGACCUGCUCCUAGAUCAACUCGAGGACGCGUGCCAGAUUUCCAAGCAUGCCCUCGCCAUUUUACCGACGGAGGAGGAGAAGAGGGAAAUCGAUGCGGAGUUAGUGAGGAGGUCGUACGACGAGAUGCUCGAUAGAGUACGAUUGGCGCACGACCGCGCGACCGACAUAUUGAAGGAGGCCGGGCCGCCGAAACCGAAGCCUCCUCGACCACCGCCACCCCCACCAUACGUCCCCGGCGCCCCGUUCGUCCCGUUCUGCGGCGAGGGGAACGUGUUGGGGGGAGAGUGGUAA